AUGAUGCCUUAAGAUGAUGUUGUGGGAGUUAUUGUUUCGUUGUGCUUGGCGAUCAUCGUGCCAUGGUUUACCAAGCACCACAUGAUUAAACUUCAUAGACACAAUAUCACAAUGAAUCUUAUCCAUAAUUUUGAACUCUAAAGACACUUGUUUAGUUACAAAACCAAAGGUCUUUUGCAGCGACAAUUGCAUAAAGAAAGGGCUAGAAUGUCGUUGUGUAGUUAGCCCUAACUUAGCUACUGUAUUGAACUCAUCAAAUUAGAUUUGAUCUCUCCAUCAACAAACAUAGAACACAAUUUCUCUUGGACCAAGAAACGAGUGUAGAAUAAGUUACCUUGUUGAUCCAACUCUUCCUCCCUUGCUUGAGCUUGAAGGAAGCUUGUGAUCUUCUUCUCCUUGCCACUGAUUUGAACCGAAGCUCUGAUACACUUGAUAGGAGCACGGAACCAGUGCGCGUAGUUAUCAAAGUCGCAUAACCAAGAACAGGGUUUAUGGUUAAGGAUAAAACAUAAUUGAAGUGCAAUCUCAAACCUGGGAGAAGGCUCUAUCAAUAUAGGGUAGAAUCUCGACCAUAAUCAAGGGGAAUACUCGAUUGAUACAAAGCACCAAUCCACAAGCAAAAGUUCAAUGAACAAGAAUAAACUCAUUAAUCUUCAAUAUCUCCAAAAUUCCUCUAAAAACUCUAGUCUAACCCCUUUAUAUAGGCUAGAGAAACAAAAACAAAAAAAAACCAAAAAGGAAAAGAAUCUGAAGUACAAAAUUUAAUUCCAGCUCGUCAUUCCCGAUCCCAUGUCACCCUCCUUCAAAUCCCCUAUCAGGGAUUAACAUCCACCUCACUAGGGGUCUCUUGCUCAUGUUCCCCUAUCGGGGAAUUGGGUCCCUGGUCGGUGUUCUUCCAUCUUCAACCUAUUCCUUCUCUCUUGUUUACUUUAAUGAAAUCAUCACAUUGUGAUGCCAUCAGGAUUGCAUCAGAGGGUCAUUCUCCAUCUCACUUACAAGGUCCAGGUCUUGAAGAACAUCAUUCACAAUUGGAAACAUAAUGUGAGUGAUCGUUCAAAAUGCAUAAAAAUUGAUCCCAAGUUUGAUGAGGAGACGAGUUACCAGAGGUCCAAAGGGUAGGGGGAAAGCCAAUGGAAGCAUUAGGGUUUCAUAGAGUAGGUGGGUAAAAUCAAGAGGCAUGGAGGCUACACCAUGAGAGAGAAUCCAGAGAUCUAGAGGUAUUUAUGUGAUUCCCGCAGCAAAAGAAAGAAAUGGAUUACUUGAGGACUAAGCCAUUACUUUUGGCGGGUUCUUGGCAGAUACUUGUUUCAUUUUCUUUCCAUUUUGACAGAUCCUUGCUUUAUUUCCUUUCUCUUUUGGGUGGAUCAUUAGUUUAUUUUAUUUCCCUUUUGGUAUUUGCAUUCCUUAUUUGAUAGAGAGGAUUAUUAAGCUUUAAAUAAGGGUAGAUACAUUGUUUGUAACCUCUAUAAAUAGAGGAGGAAUUGCCUAAGGGAAGGCAGAAUUUUUUGAAUAAGAAUUUUACACCAAGAUGUUUUUUCCCAUGGAGCCGUCGUGCAUAUGGUUCUUUGUUUUUAGCUAUUGGUGGAUUCCAUAGCUAGGGCAAGACCCUUGUUUGAGUUUUUCCCAUGGAUUCCAUAUCAGUGGACAGAGAAGAAGGUCUAGCAAUGGUGGAAGCAAUAGAGCAAGGUAAUUUGUUUUGCACUCGCUGUUUGAUUAAAGAGGAGUUGUUUCUUGUGCUGGUAGAUGGAGGGAUCAAAUCAAAUUUGGUCAGCUCAAGAACAGUGACGAAAUUGGGACUUCCAAUGCGUCUACAUCCAUCUCCAGGCAUGCUACAGUUUCCUGGUAAGAAGAUUUCAAGCAUCGUGGUUGGACAUGCUUCUGUGAAGUUUUCGAUUGGCAGAUAUGAAGACAUUGUUUUGUGCGACGUGGUGUCCAAUCUCACAAACCAGAUUGUGUUGGGACAAACGUGGUUCCAAGAUCGUGGAGUUCAUAUGGUCAGCAGAAGGUCCAAAAGCUUUCGAUUGCGGCAUCAGAACAAGGUAUUCAUUUUGAAACCUUUAUCCCUGGAGGAAGCUGUUGAUGAGUGGAAGGUUUUGAAACGAUUACAGCAAGAGUACGAGGAAGAAGCCUUGACACAGCUUGCAGCACAAAUGACUCAAGUGGAAGCUAUGCUCAAAACCAUGGCUGAGCAGACAUCGAGAUCGAGUUCUCUAGUGCAGGAGAGUUCGAGUUCUGAAGAAGUCAACAUUGAGGUAGAGGACGAGCUGAAGGAGGCCACCGAUUCUUACAAUUUCCUUGAAGGCAACGGUGUGGUUUCUCAAACAUCGGGCACUUCAGAACAGCAGAAGGAGGCCACCGAUUCUUACAAUUUCCUUGAAGGCAACGGUGUGGUUUCUCAAACAUCGGGCACUUCAGAACAGCAGAAGGAGGAAGAGGAUUUCUCCGAGACGGUUGCGGAGAAGAAAGAGCAGAUGAUAUAUUGCGAUCCUUUUUACGAUUAUUAUGAUGAUGAUCUCUCUUGCAGAAGCUUACAAGUUUUGAAGCCAUCACUACCGUCAAUGAAGAUCAAGACACGGAGCUGGAUUUCGUAGCUUCUGUGUGCCAAAUCCAAAGCAGGUAGAUUGAAGGACGACUUGCACUUCACAUAUCAUAGACUAAAGCCCAUGACUGAUCGGUUGUCUGAGCUCUUGCUUCCGUGGAAUUGUGGAGACUGUUUCUUAUUCCUUGGUGAUGAUUAUAUAGGGAAUUUCAUUUGGAAGCUAGGAUUGAAAGCUUUGAGGACAAAGCUACUUCAACAGGGAGAGAAUGAUGUGAUUCCCACAAUAGAAGGAAGAAAGGGAUUACUUGAGGACUAAGCCAUUGCUUUUGGCGGGUACUUGGCAGAUACUUGCUUCAUUUUCUUUCCAUUUUGGCGGAUCCUUGCUUUAUUUCCUUUCUCUUUUGGGUGGAUCAUUAGUUUAUUUCAUUUCCCUUUUGGUAUUUGCAUUCCUUAUUUGAUAGAGAGGAUUAUUAAGCUUUAAAUAAGGGUAGAUACAUUGUUUGUAACCCCUAUAAAUAGAGGAGGAAUUGCCUAUGGGAAGGCAUACUUUUUUGAAUAGGAAUUUUACACCGAGAUGUUUUUUCUCAUGGAUCCGUCGUGCUUAUGGUUCAUUGUUUUUAGCUAUUGGUGGAUUCCAUAGCUAGGGCAAGACCCUUGUUUGAGUUUUUCUGUUGAAGAUUCCAGAAGAUCUUAGCAAGACUCUUAUCAAUCAAGCGAUCACACUUGAUUGUGGUGAGUAUCUAUCCUCGUGUAUCUCUUUAAUUUUAUGUUUAUUUGAAGAUCUAUUCGAGCUAUCCGAGCUUGAGUUAUUGUUGCGCAACUUAGAUAAAAGAACCUAGGCUUUCACGAGCUCGGGAUCUUAUCAAGUGGUAUCAGAGUCUGGUUCAAACUCAGCGGCAAUUUGAGUGACAAGGAGAAGAAGAUCACAAGAUAUGCUUCAAGCCAUGAUUGAUCCAAAGUAUGUGGCAGACAUGAACGAGUUUUUCGAAGGCACAAAGAAACUAUUUGACAGCGAUCUUUGGAAGGAUAUGCAGAAGACGUUGGAUGUCCUAGUUCAAGCAACGACCUUCCGCGAUAUUGAGGAGGAGGAGCAGAGUUUGAGUUAUGAGGAGGAGACCUAACUGGUAACAUAGUUUGAGUUAUCUGCGCAACUUAGAUAAAAGAACCUAGGCUUUCACGAGCUCGGGAUCUUAUCAGGUAUAAUCAUAUCUUGGAAGAGUGCUCCAGGAAGGAAGGUUUGUGUAAAGAAGUCGUGAAAUACCCUUAAGCUUGAGGAAAAAGUGGAAGCUGGAACCAUUUGAAGCGCAUUGAGAGGAUGACUAGUAAGUUGGAUGGCUUCAUGAUCAAUGUCACCCAUAGGCUUACAGUUUUGAGUCAUGGGCUAAGAUAUUUUCUCUAUCAGGAAUGUUGAGAAGGCGUCGCCGCAGCUCAAAAAGUUGGAUGGUUAUCAUAUGAGUGUGGAGGCCAAAGGUUCUGAGGUUGGAAUAGAAAUACCUUACAACUUCAGGAUGGACUAGAGUGGUAGGCUCAUCGAGGAGGAAUUCUCAACCAAGAUUAUGAAGAUAUGGUUGGGUAUUGAUCUCAUGGUUGACCAUACGAGUCAAGGGCACUUGAUCAUAUGGGGUUAUUUCUCUAUUGGUGAAAGGAGAGGUGGAGAUGAUUCCUUGAGCGUGUUGGAAGGGUUUUUAAUAAGGGUUGUAGGUAAGCUUGCACUUAAUGUUGAUUCUGGCAAUUUUGUCAUAAAUGGGAAGAAUGAAUCAGCCAAGGACUUAGACACGGAAGGAUUUUGAUUGUUUUAUCAUUGGUUUGGAAAGAGAUUAAUCAUUACCACGAAUCCCUCAAUGAUUUAUUGAUGAUAUGGAGCUUUAGGAUAUAUAAAUUGAAGAUUAGUAAUGAAUUAGGAAGGCAAAGAUUUUAUUGACAAAUGGUAAGAUUUCUAAACUAAGCAAUUUCGACAAAUUUGGUUAGCCUUAUAUGUGUUAUAAUGACACUACUGACCUAUACUGAGUCUUCACUACUGCUCCCCUCACGUUGUGCUUCGUUGAUCCUCUUUUCAAUUUGAUCUUUCAAUUUUUUUAGAUCUAUGCUAUUGUGAGCUAAGGGAUGUCUAGGGUUUCUCUCACUUGUUUGCGUAUCCCCAUCUGAUGGUAGUGGUUUCUCAGUGGUGACAGGCACCAGUCUAAUCUAGGAUCUAAAUAAAGUAGUGAUGCUAAACUGGAACUCCAUAGCAAACCCGUUUAGAUCCAUUCCAGCAGCCUGGAGGAACUAGGUUAGGAAUGUGGCACAAGUUCCAUAUUCCGAGUUUUCUCCUCUUCGGCAAUCUUGGCCAUGUGGACAUAUAUUAAAGGGCCAAAUUCAAUAGCUUUUUUUAGGCCACAUGUUAUAAUGAAGAGAUCAAGGGGUUGAAGGUAGGUAUUGCUUUGAGCUCUAGGAAGAAAGAAGUGAGUUGUCAGCCAAUUAAGAACUAUGAGAGGCUUAGGCAAGUUUAUAACUCUGAGGGAUCCCUUUGUAAUCUUCCUGGGUUCUUCUUCAAAGUGAAAUCCAUGAAACUUCCGCUCAUUUUCACUUUGAAGAGCCUAACCUUUGAAGCAGGCAUGGAUUGAUAGAGGCCAGGUGUGAGCAUUGUGGACCAUCCGCCACGGAUUGAAGUAAAACUUCCUAACAAUCAGUGGGCAUAUCAGGGGAGUUUGGUUUUUAGAGGUUAAAGAACUCUUUACAGUCUAGGUUCUUGAUGAGUUGACGAACCUCUGUGGGUAUAUAAGACAUGGAAGGAAAUUCUAGUUCUACUAUAUGCGAAUUUUAAAAUAAACCUCAUAGUAAUCAGCCUGCCUUUCUACUGAGCGACACUCAACAUUAGAAUAAGCAAGAGAUCUUCCCCAACCUUAAACUUUCUCAAAAUGUUCUAUAUGUUUCUUGGUCAAAUUUUCUAACUACAAAAUCUUGAACCUCCAUCAAGGGAAUGAAUAGGACAAAAUGGAUUUUAAUGGGAAGGUAGUCCACAACAACAUCACCUACAUAUCAUUAUGCCCAAAAUGAAUCUGUCACUUAUGACAUUAGAGUAAAAGUUUACAUAAAACUAAAAAUACUAUUAACACAAAUGAAAUUAGAGUAAAAGUUUAGGAUUAUGGGAAAAACUAAUAAAUUAUCAAAAAUUUAGAAGACAAUUUGUUAACAUUCUAAUCAGAGUGGCGCAGCGGAAGCGUGGUGGGCCCAUAACCCACAGGUCCCUGGAUCGAAACCAGGCUCUGAUAGUUUUUUUUAGUUUUAGCUAUUUGUAUACGAGAAAUUAUUUAAUGUGUAUUUUCAUUUUCCCUAUGCUCUCUCAUACCGUCGGUAUUGCUCGACCUAGUUUUUCAUCACCAAAACGGUUGCAUCGCUAAUGCCCCAAUUGAAGGGUUGGGCUCCCUCCAGUAUGUAUUUGUCUGAGGUAGCUAUUGAAAAUUGUCUUAAAUUCUAGCUAGCAACUAGAGCGAGUUGGGAUUGGUUUCCAUAUAUCAAGUGAGAUAAAAGAAAAGGGGACAACUUGUUUGAAGGACUGUCUAAUCAAGAAAUUCCUUAGAG